GUAAGCGUCACAGUGACCCUUUUUAAUAACAAAUUCCAACAUGGCGUCUUUUGUGAGCUGUGCACGCCGGUUGUGUCUAAAUUUGUCUGUAAUUCAUAAGCCAGUCGUACUUCCAUCUUCAUUGUUUGACAGACAUAUUUCAACAACGACCUGUUUAAAUCUGAGGGAAAUAAAAGAAACAGUAGAUGGUGACACACUAAUUGUUGAAGCGGAACGAUUGGAGUCGGAUAGAACAGAUAAUUUGAUUUGUAUUGAUAAACCAGAAAAUGGCUGUACCCUGUGUGGAUUUGAUGUCAAGUACACAGAUGUGCUAAUUAUCAGUCAAUUUGUAAACAAAAAUGGUCAGAUCCUGCCUCGCUGGGUGACUGGUCUUUGUGGUAAUCAACAGUCAAAGAUGAAACAAAACCUCCACAAGGCUCAACGAGCAGGUUUAAUGCCUAAUUUGAGACCACCUCGUAAUGAUGGCAAAGAAAGGAUUAGUAAUAUGUCGACCUACAAGUGGAAACAGUAUAAAGUUUACUAUGAAGAUAAAGACAGAGUUCACAUAGAAUGAUUCAUUGGAGUGGAAAGUGUGAAAAAAAUAUAUACAUGUAUAGGUAAUGACAAAUAUUGAAACAGGCUUCCAUGAAAGAUAUUGAAAAAAAAUAUUCAUGAAAAAUGUUUUUUCGUUAAUUUACUUUCAGAUAAUUUUAUGGUAAACAAAAUUUUGCAGAAAGUUUAGGUUGAAAAGCAAACAGAUUUAAACAUCCUGGCCUGAAUGGUAAUUGGGAAUGUCUAAGAAUUACUUUAUAAAAUGUAUUUUCCAAAAUACAUUGAGAGCACAGAACAGGAUUUUCUAGAUUUUGAGUAACAGCUACACAUACAAGUACAACACUAUUGAAAACAAGCUAUUAUUUCCAAAAAAUACUGCAGUUGUAAGUGAAAUAUGAACUGAACUGGAAAUAUCCAUGUGAUGACAAAAUAAGCCCAGUCAGUCUUAGGUUUAAAACAGGAAAACUGGAGAUUUCCAUUUUAGAAAAUCUUUCAAAACAGGAGAUAUUGUUUGUUUAAGUUGUUUUUCAUGCUUAAAUAACCUAUCUUCUCAACUAUAAUAACUGAC